UUCCCCAUGUGUGUGAGUGUGUGACUAUUCUUUUUUCACCCACUCUGCAUCUUCUUCACCAAGUCCAAUUCAAAAACCUCCGAUUCGCUACCUUUCAAACCUCCCCGGCCAUGUCGGCGCCGGCCCCGUCCACCACCAACUCCACCUCACCUCCUCCCCCUCCGCCGGCCAACGCUACUGCUCCUACCACUACUCCGCCGCCAACCAACUCCACCGCGUCGCCGCCGACCAACUCCACCACAUCGCCGCCACCUCCGGCGUCGACAUCUAAUACGCCGCCCAUAGGAAACUUGCCGCCGGGGAACACGCCGGUCGGGGUUAUAGUCGGAGUUGCGAUAGGAGGGUUCAGCGUACUUGUUGUAGUGGCCAUUAUCUUCUUUGUCUAUCGGAGACGGAAGAACAGGUUGGCGAGAGCUAAUGAGUCAGGUCAACAACCCAAAGAUGACCAAUUAAAAGGCCCACCUCAAAACUUGCAACAGAACUAUGCUCCUCCUUCAGCAGACAAAGUAGAAAUGUUUCCAAUGCCCACUGAUUCCCGUAAACCAUCUUCAACCGGUAGUGGCUAUGGAUCAGAUAAACCGCCCCCAGCCUUUGGAUUUUCCGAAAGCACAUUUACAUAUGAAGAAUUAGUCAUGGCAACAAAUGGUUUCUCCAACGACAAUCUUCUUGGUCAGGGAGGCUUUGGUUAUGUCCAUAAAGGAAUUCUUCCAAAUGGGAAAGUGGUUGCAAUUAAACAGCUGAAAGCUGGGAGUGGACAGGGGGAGCGUGAAUUCCAGGCAGAGGUUGAAGUCAUUAAUCGUGUCCAUCACAGACAUCUUGUAUCACUGGUUGGAUACUGCAUUAGUGGGGCCCAGAGAUUACUUGUUUAUGAGUUCGUUUCCAACAACACCUUGGAAUUUCACUUGCAUGGAAAGGGGCGACCAACUAUGACUUGGCCAACAAGAAUGAGAAUUGCUCUAGGAUCUGCAAAAGGAUUGGCAUAUCUCCAUGAGGACUGUCAUCCCAAGAUCAUACACCGUGACAUCAAGGCGGCCAAUAUUCUUAUAGAUGACAAUUUUGAGGCAAAGGUUGCAGACUUUGGACUUGCCAAGUUGGCCUUAGAUACAGAUACUCAUGUCUCUACAAGGGUUAUGGGAACUUUUGGAUACUUAGCUCCUGAAUAUGCAUCCAGUGGAAAGCUCAGUGAUAAGUCGGAUGUCUUCUCAUUCGGAGUCGUGCUGUUGGAGUUGAUUACCGGACGCCAACCCAUUGAUAAAACUCAUUCCUUCACUGAUGAUAGCAUGGUUGAGUGGGCAAGGCCUUUGCUCGCGCGAGCAUUGGAAAAGGGAAACUUUGAUGGUAUUGUUGAUGAAAGGUUGCAGAAUGAUUACAACUCCAGUGAAAUGGCUUGUAUGAUUGCCUGCGCUGCUGCUUCUGUGCGUCAUUCUGCCCGCCGUCGGCCAAAAAUGAGCCAGGUAGUUCGAGCUUUGGAGGGCAAUCUUUCUCCAGAUGAAUUAAAUGAAGGAGUUAUACCAGGUCAAAGUAUGAUAUACAGUUCCUCUGAAAGCACACAAUACAGCACUCGUGAAUACAAGGAAGACAUGUUGAAAUUUAGAAAGUUAGCACUAGAAAGCCAAGAGCUAGAUCAAAGAAUUAGUGAGACCAGUGGGCCUAGCAGUGAUUUUGGCCAGCACCAAUCUGCCUCUAGUGGUGAAGGCCAACAAACCACUCAAGAUAUCGAACAUGGGCGAAUGAACAAAGACAGCCAAGACUAUGGUAAAAGCUCUUGACAACCGAUUCUCAGAUUCUUGAACAAUGCCAAUUUCUCCCACUCUCCACCCUGUAUGCUCCCUAAUUUGCUGAACCACAGACGCUAUUGGCAUGCUUACUUGGAAACACCACUUCUAACUGUACAUUUGGUAAAGUGAAUGUAUCUAUUGUUCAGGUAGGUAAGUGAGCUUUCCUCUGAGUUGCAUACUCGGUUGUUUGAACCAUUUAAGUGUUUCUUCCCAUACUAAAGUUUGAUUGGAUCUGGUGGCUAGUAUGUUCAUAUCAAAAUCUAUCAUUCGCAUUAGUCCCCAAUUAGCUCCUAGAUGGAGUUGGCAGAGAGAACAAAAUUGACAUCAUUUAUUGCAGGCACAAUUUGGAGAAGGAAUAUUUUUUAAUGUAGUUUAGUGAAAUCUCUGUGUACAUGUUGUAUUAUUAUUUUUUGACCAAAUACAUGUAUUUUGUGCACUGUAUAUCAAUAAACUGAAGAGUUGGUUUGUCAUGUC